CCUGGAGAAUGCGCCUCCGUUAUCUUCCCUAAUUCUAAGGGUCAUUAGAAGCCUCCUUACGCUUAGGAGUGAUGGGGACCUGCUGAGGCGCUCCCGGGAUCCCGCCACGCACUGACACGACAGGUUAGAGCGGCGUCCGACGAAUCGUCGCCUUCAGAGGUUCAGCGCAGCCGCCUUUACCUGCGCUGGGAGGAGGGACCGUCCACGCCCACGCCCCGGCCCGCCCCGCCAGCUCAGCGCUCGCUCCGCAGGCCCCAGGCCCGGGUCCACCGCCGGGCCGCCGGCGUCCGCCGCUCUCUGGCCGUGGCCCACUGGCCGGCCAGCUCUGCAGCAGCCACGUAGUGCCACAAACCCUAGUCUAACCGUGCCUCCCUCCGCCAGAGAGCCAGGCACUGCAGGCGCCACGGGGCAACCCCACCGCCGGGGUCCUCCCUGAGUAAAGGCCGUCGCUAUGGAGACGCGGAGCGCGCCGGCGACGGUUAAGCAAGGGAGGCGCAGCCUGCAAGUGAUUCCCGCUGCAAUUGCGGCUCCGAGCGGCCAGGAGCAUUGACCGGUGCACUAUGCUCUGGCCAGGUCGCUGCCCCACCCCCCCGUGAGCAGCGUACAGGGUUCUAGGAAAGCUAAGAGACCUACCUCCUUGGCGAUGGCGCGGGGCGGGGCCAGGGGUUGUCCGAGCCCGACGGAGACAUCCGCUUCCGGGGCCACAGCCGAAGAGAGGCGCUUGGCUGGUCGGCCUGGCUGCUUUCGGUAUCGCACUUCGCAAGCCACACUCCUUAAUAAUCAGCUACCUUCGUUUCACUGUCGGUAUCAGUCUUCGGCAACCAUGCUGGAACACCUGAGCUCGCUGCCCACCCAGAUGGAUUACAAGGGGCAGAAGCUAGCUGAACAGAUGUUUCAGGGAAUUAUUCUUUUUUCUGCAAUAGUUGGAUUUAUCUACGGGUACGUGGCUGAACAGUUUGGGUGGACCGUCUACAUAGUUAUGGCUGGGUUUGCUUUCUCGUGUUUGCUGACACUUCCUCCGUGGCCCAUCUACCGCCGCCAUCCCCUGAAGUGGUUACCUGUUCAAGACUCAGGCACAGAAGACAAGAAAUCAGGGGACAGAAAAAUUAAGAGGCAUGCUAAAAAUAACUGAUUGGGACUUUCACGAUUCAGCACCUGCUUUUUGUUUCCUGUAAGAUGGCUGGAUUGCUUUCAUAACCAAAACAGCUUAAACCACCUAUGUUCUUACAGCACAGCUGUGUGGAGAUGUAGUUGUCCUGGCUUCCUUUCUAACCGGCAUUAUUUUAAGUCAUAACUACUUUAUACUGUUCUUCAUAAGCUUGUUUUGGAGAAUAGGACAUACAGGUAUAUGUCGCUUCUUUCAUGUGUGCAGUGAAUAAACACCUCAUAACUCCUA